GUGAAACCGCUCGCUCGGAGACCGCCGUCGCCCCUUUUCCCGUCUUCCCUCCGCCGUCCGCUGCUUCAUUCAGGCUGUCACACUCAGAUCCCUUCGUUUUGAUCAAAAGCACUCAUUUCGUCUCAUUCGUGUGUGACCCGCACUCAAGAUGCAGAACGGCACAGUGAAGGACGAGAGGUUGUUCAACUUCUCUGCAGGUGCGCACAGGCACAGAUCCAUCAUGAAACAGCCUCGCUUGCAAGCUGCCUGCCUGUGCUGAUUCAUGCAUUGCUUUCGCAUCUGGUGUGUGUGUGGUUCAGGUCCCUGCAUGCUGCCUGUGGAGGUGCUGCAGGAGUGCCAGGACCACAUGAUGAACUGGAACGGAUCCGGCAUGGGCGUCAUGGAAAUGGUACGCUGGUGCACCAGGCCGUUGCCGUCCGGUCUGCCUGAUUCACACACGUGUUGCGUGUCACGUGUAUGCAGUCGCAUCGCGGCAAGGAGUUCGUGUCCAUCUACAACCAGACCGUGAGCGACCUGCGCGACAUCCUCCAAGUGCCGGACUCCCACUCGCUCUUCUUCAUGCAAGUAAGUGGGCUCAAACACAAACAAGGGGGCUGGGCUGCUGCACUGCAUGGUGCAAUCAAUACGACACCGCAUCCAUCGCAUAUAUCGGUGAACAUCCUAUCCUCUGCAGGGCGGAGCGACGACGCAGUUUGCGUCCGUGCCUCUGAAUCUGCUCAAGGAGCCGUCCAAUGCAGCUGACUAUGCCGUCACCGGGUAACCAACGAGCAAGCCAUUUGGUGUGCACGGGCGACUGUCUGUUCGUCUGAGUGCAGUUCUUGGGGCGACAAGGCCUUCAAGGAGUGCCAGAAGUACGGCAAGGCCAACAAAGGUGACUGACAACUGACACCGUACACCACAGAGAGCAUCGCCUCUUUUUCGCUUUGUUGGGUUUCUUUCUGGCCGCCAGUGUGCGACACCAAGUCGUCCAACUACACCUUCAUCCCUCCAGUGUCAGAGUGGAAAGUCAACCCAGGUACGCAAGACACCACACCCACAAUGGGGCCAUUGGAUAAGACGCUCAUCUUCGCACUGCCCCUUUUGUUUUGCUCGCAGAGGCCUCGUACCUGCAUUACUGCGCCAAUGAGACGGUCAGGAUGGCGGCGCAGCAGAAAUGGAAUGGCGGAUCUGAAGUAUGUUUAGUGCAUCUGUCUGUGUGUGUGUGCAGAUCUACGGCGUGGAGUUCAAGUCGACUCCCGACGUCGGUCUGCCCCUCGGUCAGCAACCAACGCUGCGUUGCAUUGUGCGUCUAGACCUGCGAUGGUCUGUCUGUUCAGUGUCUGAUAUGUCAUCGAAUUUCUGCUCCAAGCCCAUCGAAGUCAGCAAACACACACUCAUCUAUGGUGAGUGAGCACCGACCGAUGAGCAGCUUUCCUUUCAUGAACUGGAUGGUUCCGUGUGUCAUCCAUCAGCCGGCAUCCAGAAGAACCUGGGCCCUGCUGGCGCUGCAGUCGUCAUCGCCGACAAAGCAUGCCUUGGUGAGUGAGUGAGUGAGUGACGCACUCUUGCGCACACAAUGUGGCUCGUGUCGGUCGGUUGUCCAGGCAACGCCAAGUCCAUCUGCCCGACUCUGUUGGACUACAAGACGAUGUCUGACAGCGAGUCGAUGUACAACACGCCGCCCUGCUGGUCCAUCUACGUCGUCGGUGAGCUGAGAUGAACGGCAGGUGCACUGCACUCCAUCCCCUGCUGCUGGUGUGGCAUGUGUGCCAGGUCUGAUGGCGAAGUAUCUGAAGGAGAAGGGCGGGCUGGCAUUCUGGAAGGAAUGGAGCGAGAAGAAGGCCAAGAUCCUCUAUGACGCCAUCGACGGCUCAGAUGGUACGCCACGCCCACACAAUCACUGCUGGUCGUAUGUGCUGCUCACUCACCCAUGCUGGUGUUAUGCAGGUUACUUCAUCUGCCCCACUGCCAAGGACUGCCGCUCAAACAUGAACAUCCCAUUCAGGGUAAGCUACACACAUGUCCACCAAAGGUGUGUCCAUUUGCUUUCGGCUCCGUCAGGUUGGUCGCGGCGACGAGGCCCUGGAGAAGAAGUUCCUCGAAGAGGGAAAGAAGCACAAACUCGUCACACUCGUAAGACACGACGAGCAGACAACGCACGCGCAUUGCGAGGAAGAGACUGCCCAUGAGUGUGGUAUGCGUGCAGUCGGGGCACCGCACGGUGGGUGGCUGUCGAGCCUCGCUCUACAACGGCAUGCCCAUCGAGGGAGUGGAGACGCUCGUCUCGUUCAUGAGGGUAAGUGAGAGAGCCACGUCACCCGACGUGGUGAUGGAAGCAUAACUGGGCACGUCUUUGGCGUCUGCAGGAGUUCCAAGAGGCCAACCCGGAAUGAGAGAGACUGCGUAGCUGACUCGUGUCUCUUCGUAGUUGAUCGUGUUGAUUUGUAGCUGUCGUAGGC